GUAUUUCAGUCAUUCUAUACGGCUAUGGCAGCAGCUAUAAGCGCAGCCUUGUCUUUCCCUUGCUCCAGAGCUUUUCAGGGUUGUGGCGAUUUUGAGCGCUUGGCUAGUAGACCCGCCGCCACGAGGCCUUUGCGCUCCAAGGGGCUCCGAGCUAUGGCGCAGGAUCGCCAGGCACCAGCAGUGGUGGAGAAAUUGGGCAUCAAGGUCGAGAAGGAGCCCUCGGAUGCGAGACUGAGAGAGCUGGGCGUCAAGACCUGGCCAAAGUGGGGCUGCACGCCCAGCAAAUUCCCAUGGACAUACGAUGCCAGGGAGACGUGUUAUCUGCUGGAGGGCAAGGUGAAGGUGUAUCCGGAGGGAUCUAGCGACGAAUUCGUGGAGAUUAGCGCCGGGGAUUUGGUUGUCUUCCCAAAAGGAAUGAGCUGUACGUGGGACGUGGCUGCCACGGUGGACAAGCACUACAAAUUCGAUUAAAAAGUAACUUUUAAUCUCGGCCGUCACAAAAUAAAUAUUUACAAAGCAUUUUCUUGCUCUAACCA